AUGGACGGCAGUGGUCCGAACGCGUCUGGAGAGAUGCUGGGACACUAUACUGAGGGAGACUGGUGUGGUGGUGGUGGGGGGGAUACUGGGGGAGAUACUGGGGGGAGAUACUGGGGGAAGCCGCGCGCAACAGCGGAGGUCCUGUCUGCCUGGAAGUUGGGUGGUGGAAUUGGAAGGAUCGGGUCUGAACGCGGCGUGGAUGAGACGCAGAGGAGAGAGAGAGAGGGAGGAGAGGGUGGGGAGAGGAGGAUGGAGAGAGGGGGGGAGGUGGGGUGGCUCAUUCAACAGUCUGCGACGCUCACGAGCGUGACAAGUGCGUCCGAAGCCAAAGCCUCUGUCCACCUGAGCCAAAACCAGAACCAGGACCCAAAGGACCCGCCGGAGCCAAAAACCUGGGUCCUGCCAGCGCUGAGCCAGACUGUGACUCAGCGGCGCUCGUGCUUCUCUGGGUUCUGUCCCGGGUCCAGACCGUUCUGUCCUGGGUCCAGACCGUUCUGUCCCGGGUCCAGACCGUUCCCUCGUCGAUCACUUCAACAGCCUCCCAAACAACAAACGGAUUUCACGGAGAGCUUUCAGGCGUCUUGA